AUGGCACUCAAGAAAGCUCUAGGAGCCCCUCCCCCUUCACUUUCUGAAGAUGAAGACGUCAUUGAACUCAGCAGUCAUCCGUGCCGCUUCCCUCAACACGAAAUGCGCACCCCCAGGGCCCGGCCCCGCAGCCCUUCUGAGCCGCGCACACCCUCGAAGGGUCCUGCAGGCAAGCCGUUUACACUGGGCUCUCCCUUAGUAACUCCUAAACUUGACAGAAGAAAGACUAAGUACCGUGCAGCAGCGCCCGCUGCUGCUACUCCUGCUGCUGCAACAGCAGCAGCAACAGCAGCAACGGAUGCACCUACUGCAGCACCGGUCAAUCCUUCCAAAUACCGCUCACCAGAACGGUUUGCUGCUCCGGGCUUCACUGAAAAAGAACUGAAAGACACUGCAGAUGCCGUUGUUAAGGGAAAUCCACGAUUAAAGUGGUGCCCUGCUGAGGCAGACGAGACAGAACAACUCCUUCGCCGGUUCGAUAUGGAAGCCAUGUAUGGGCCUUGCGUCGGCCUUACGAGAGAAGAACGGUGGAAACGCGCAGCAGAAAUGGGUUUAGAUCCGCCUGCCGAAGUCAUGCAAGCUCUGCAGAGACACCCGAAAAGCACCUUGAGUGUCUUCGACCAGAGAAUGAGCCCAGACAAACCUUCUGCGGCCUUGUGA